ACUGCCGCAGUAGUCGUCACUUUCCCGCCGCGGCCGCCUUCGCCUCGCCUUUUGCUUUGGCUUUUGCUCCAAUCUGUUAUCCCUUCCCCGAGACUCCGUCUUCAAACCAUAACCCAUUUUGCAAAAUCCUCCUCUCCGUUUUCGCAAAGCAGACUUGCCUUUUUCUUGUCAUUGCUGUUUCUUGAACUGGCUUACAAACUGAACCCCCCGCUUCGCAUUGCCCGCACUGUCCACCCACCAGCACUGCCGCCAGACGAACCCAUCGCCCGAUUGAGCAAUUGAGCUGCCCACUUGUUCAACCUAGACAAGAGACUGUCGCAAACCCCUCCUUCGAUUUGGUUUCCUGUCGGCGAUAACCAGCGCGGCAUCUUCGAUACUCUCUCGUCGAUUGCGAUUUCGAAUAGAGUCUCUAACCGCGAAUAUGGGCAACUUGCAGUCCAAGAAGCUCCCUGACGAUCAGCUGAAGGAGCUCCAGAAGUCAACCAAUUUUGACAAGAAGGAGUUGCAGCAAUGGUAUAGAGGUUUUCUCAAGGACUGCCCGAGCGGCAUGCUGAGCAAAGGCGAAUUCCAAAAGAUCUACGCCCAGUUCUUCCCCUUUGGUGACCCAAGCACAUUCGCCGACUACGUCUUCAACGUAUUCGACACGGACAAGUCAGGAACUAUUGAUUUCAAAGAAUUCAUUUGUGCUCUGAGUGUUACCAGCCGGGGUAAGAUGGAGGACAAGCUGGAUUGGGCGUUCCAACUGUACGAUAUCGACGGCGAUGGAAAGAUCAGCUACGACGAGAUGUUGAAGAUUGUGGAGGCGAUUUACAAGAUGGUCGGGUCCAUGGUUAAGCUCCCAGAAGACGAAGACACCCCCGAGAAGCGCGUCCGCAAAAUCUUUAGGAUGAUGGACAAGGAUGAGAACGGCAGCCUUGAUAUGAACGAAUUCAAGGAAGGCUCGCAGCGGGAUGCCACCAUUGUGUCGGCGCUGUCGCUCUACGACGGGUUGGUGUAACUUUUCCUUGCGGCAGACUCUGGGGGGAAGGAAUUCUGCGUCUAGGCGGGCUUGUUCGCUUACUGGUCUUGACACCAUACCACUUGCAGCGAUGACCUGGAUGAGAGCCAAUACGCCAGUCCGUUCCCCAACUAGCCUGUCUGUGUUCCUCGGGGACCCAUGGGGUGAUGGGAGUGAAGAUAGGAGGUUGGGAGGAGGGGCGGCGGUGAUGGAUCGUUUGCAGGAGAUAUAUGGAAGAGGAUGUGUUUUUGCGCAUUUAGGACCGUUAGGCAACUAUGGAUGUGGUGAAAACAGGGAAGACAGUGAAAGAAAGAGGGGAUCAGCGAUGUUUUUUCUUGUUUCUCUGCUUUUGUGCCAUUUUCUGUUUGGGAAUAAUGGCAGCAGUCCCCGGGUAUUAUUUUAGUGUUGGCUGUUUUCUGUCGUUAUUAUGUGCAGGGCGUCUUGUACUGUAUUUAUGUAUCUGAUUUCUAUGCUACUCAUCUUGAAGAUAUGGUGCUGUGUUUUCCAA